CAGGAAAGGGAGGAGCGAUCAGGAUUUGGACUUCUCUGAUGUUAACCACAUAAUAGCAGAGUAUAUAUGUGUUUAUUCACACACAGCAGUGGAGCCUGAGCUAUGAAGCACGACAUGAGUACAAUCCUCCUCCAAUCCUGUUAAUGAACUGACUCUGCAUGUGACCUGAGCCCGUGUGUCGGGUGAGACCGGACAGGAUGCACUGCAAAAAUCUCCGUACCGAAUAUAUGAAACGAUUCAAAGACCCCCACUGGGAUGCCUACAGGAAGUGCUAUGAGGAGAUGCUGAAGUACAGACUGGCACGCCGGCUGCUGGAGCACGCACAUAACCCUUGGAUGUGGGAAGGAUGGGAGGGAAGCUCAAAUUCAAGUAGUGGCCGUUCUACGCCCCCAAUAAAGCCACCGGAGCCUGCUCCUGCGCCCCAUCAGGCACCAGAGGCCGCUCAGGCGCCCCACAAGCUCCCACACACUGAUGACGAUAACCGGCCUGAUGUGCAGCUGGCAGACCCUGUGGUGCCCACUAGUGGCAGUGGUCCCGUCACACAAGAGACUACCAGUCACAGUGAGAAGAACACAGAACUGGAUGAAAAAUCUGUAAGUCGCUCCAGGCCACAGCAUAGUCAUCGAGCCGCAUCCAGAAAGGACGGUCAAAAGGCAGCUAAAAGUCCACAAAAAACUAAUUUGACCAAAGAAAGCAGGCACGCUUUUGCUCUCUAUGCCUGUGGCGAGAGAAAAAAGGACACGGGAAGCCAGAAGACCCACAAUGUGUGUGCUCCCACCCAGGAAAAUGAGAUUCAUGAAUCUGCUUUGAGAGCAAAGAACAGGCGACAGAGAGAUAAGAAGCGGCAGAUCCUGCAGAAGCAGAGGGCUCGUUCGGCUGAUGCAGAGAGUGUUCGAAGGAGACAACCCUUAGCUGUAGAUAAUCCAUGGAUGACUGAAUACAUGAGAUGCUACUCAGCCAGAACGUGCUGAAUUUUAUGAUUGUACAUUAAGUUAUUUUUUUGGGUGUUUUAAAUAAUGUGGCUUUGCCAGUUAUGUCUACUGCAAAUCAGGUUUCCACUGUUUUCAUUUUUAAAAAUGAAGACCACACACAAUUUUUACAUGGUAUUAGCAAUAUUAAGCAAAAUGUAAAGUACACUUUCAUACUGGAUUUUUAUACAUUUUCAAAAUGGUGAUAAGGCUAUUUUAAAAUGUACAUGUUAUGUUUUUAAUAGUAUUUUGAAUACCUUCUGUCAUAAUAAAAAGCACGCUAGUUAUGUUGAUACGUCUGAAAUAUACCAAUAUCCCAAGCUAUCUAUAGAUGUGGGGGGGGAAACAGAAAUGUAUAAGAUUAUCAGUGUGUGUACUACUAGUAGGGCUAGGGGAGUUGGGUCUGCAAAUUCUAUGGCAGCUGUGCUUCUUUCUGUAAAUAGUGCUGGUCAAGAUGGGGAUAAAUU